AUGGCUUGGGCAGGUUAUCAGUCCGGUCCAUAUGCACAAGGACACAAGGGCUCCAAAGGCAAGUGGUCCAAAGGUGCAAAUGGCAAGAGCGGUCACAGUGAAAAGGAGGUACUGCCCGUGACUGUCGCGUAUCUUACAGCUGGUGAGCCUGUGGACGUCUUUCAUCGCUAUUGCCAGGACCCAAAUGGCUACUUCAUGGCACAGACUGGCUCCUCGGGCCUCCUGCAUCCGAGCAUUGGAAAGACGGACGCGUGGACUACGGCUGUGGUGAAUGAGCACUGGGAUGCACAGUACUACAACCCCCAGGAUUACAACACGUGGGUCCAGAUCCGGUGGACACAUCCCACAUGGUACAACAGAAGGGGCCACCGCCUGGAUGUGAAGAAUCCUAGCAUGGUGACGCAGAGAGUGAUGCCCGAACAGAUACGCCAGCGGGGGAAGCCUUCGGAGGCACAGCAGCAGCCGAAACUCUCUCUGUUACACAUUCGCUGGGGCGGACAGCAACCAGUGAACCCAGUCACUGAGGGUGCUGGCGGCUGGGGACAAAUUGGAUCCACACCAUCGGACAACUACAUAAACAGUUGGGAGGACAGCGUUUUCCGGGCUUUGGGGCCCAAUUACGAGAUAAUAUCGGUCUUCUUCCAGAACUCGGAGGAGUUGUCGAAAGUCUGCGCUCCGCUUGUGAAGACCCUCCUGCGAGGAGAGCACGUUGGAGCGCUGUACUUUAUGUGGCCGAUUGCCUUCCAGGACGGGCACGAAACUCCUGCAUACGUCCAGAAAGACAAGCAGCUGGACAUGAUGGUCCAGAUGGAGGCUGCUGGCAUCCCCACGCGAUUUCCCCAUGAGUCGCACUUGUACAAGGUCUUCGCAUCAAAGGAGUGGACCAGCCAGAUGUGCCUGCAUCCUCUUCUCCAUGUACCCUUGACCACAAUGGUAGCACGGCAGGCGAUCGCCACGGAUCCAGCGACCGCAGCCUCAGAAGCGAUGAAGGCAUUGAACAACCUGGCCGAGGCGCGCCACAGUUGGAAUGCUCAGCUUGCUCAGCCCGCGAAGGCGAAGCGCGUUGUUAAAGGGGUCGCCAAGUUAGGAUGGAGCUGGGAAGCCAUGGAUGUGACUGCCUGGAAGAAUAAAGAGGAGCUUGAGCUCGCACUUUGCGAGCUGAGUGAGCAGCCUGGAAACCUGUGUGACCAAAUCUUCGUUCAGGAGUGGCUCGAUUUUGACGUUGAAAUGCGACACUUCGUUGUUGAGGCGAACUAUCAGGACCCACAGUCCUGGAAACCAAAGCAAAUUAUUUAUACAGUCUUCAAGUCCAAGGAAGACAACUCCUUUCGAAAUUUUGACAGGUACGAUCGCCUGGGUUGCCUUGGCAAGUGCUUCCAAAACGAUGAUGCUGCUCUGGCAGAUGCCGAGCGUCAGGCUGAGGCUCUGAUCGCCAGGUGGAUCCAGUGGCUUCAGGCUCAGACUCAUCAACUUCCUGUGGUAGUUCGUUUUGACAUUGUGGCAAAGCGUACGGGUCCUGGCAAAGCUGUCGUCCACACCGGAGAGCUCACUGAACUCGGUGGCUGCUUUUUGGGCUGGGCAAAGGGUCCCCAGGUAGUUUUCCCCGCCAUGCUCCGGGCCUGCUUCAAAGACAAGCCCACGGAAGAUGUGCAGAUGGAGCUUUGGUGA